CUUUAAUGAGUUACAAAACUUUGAUGACUAAAUUAAACUAUUUCAUGUUCUUAAACACUAAAUAAAAGUAAUUUUCAGUUCAACAAAGUUAAAUCUAACAACUCAACAAAAGUAUUGUGACAUCACAGAUUUGUCCCUAUUCUACUUCUAGUCCCUAUUCCAUCCAACGCCUCCGCGAAGAAAUGAGGAGGGGAGGAGCACUAUUCAAGACACUACAUGAAAACUCAGUCAUUAUCAAAAUCUCUAAACCAUCUAGUUUUUCAAACUAAACAAAUAAUUUACGUAAACAUAAUACGUACUAAUACGCAUUAUAAAAAAGAAAAUGUCCUAAAAUAUGAAUUUAGAAGAGAUACACACAAUAUUAAAAGCCGUCACCGGAUCAGAGGGAGUCAGUUAUGCCGUCACGAAGGAAUAUUUUACCAGAAGCGGCAUAAUUGACGGCAGAAUGAUAAGCGAGAGUUUGUUUGAUGAAGUUUACGAAAGACUGAGUCCAAACAGGGAACAUUUGGAUUUGUCGAAAUUCAUACAACUUUUCGGUAUGUUGGCGCGAAACACAAGACAGGACGUCGAAGCAUUGGCGAUUAAAUUCGAUAAUAUCAAAGAAAGCGUGAUCGACGGAAUACGAAAAGGAAAAUCAUAAUAUUAAUUAAAUAUGGACGUUUGCAAUACGCUAGCACGCGGCCAAUGUUGCUGUAUUAAAAAAAAUAUACUUCAAA